CUAUAAAUAUAUAACGGCUAUGAAGGAGUCGAGAAGACAAAGCAAAAGGGCAGUUAUGGACCGCCUUCUUCUCCUCCAUUUCGCUUCUCUGUUUCUUCUCUUCUCAGCCUUCGCCAUUCCUCUCGCAGGAUCUCAGGGCAUAGGAGUGAACUAUGGAAUGAAAGGAGACAAUCUCCCUUCCCCAACUCAAGUGAUUUCUCUCUACAAAUCUCGAAACAUCUCAAAGCUCCGGCUUUUCGACCCAGACACCGCCGCCCUCGGCGCCCUCCAGAACUCCGGCAUCGGAAUCAUCCUCGGAACCUAUAAUGAAGACCUCGAAAAGUUCGCUGGAGAUCCCUCCGCCGCUUCCUCUUGGGUUCAUUCCUACAUCAUCCCUUACACCUCCACCGUGGAGUUCCGGUUCAUAGAUGUUGGGAACGAGCUCAUCCCCGGAGACACCGCCGCCUAUGUCCUCCCUGCCAUGCGCAACAUCGCCGCCGCGCUGAGUUCCGCCGGCGUUCAUAUUCCGGUCACCACUGCUGUCUCAACGAAAGUGCUCGAAAACUCCUUCCCGCCGUCGCAGGGAGCCUUCUCCUACGAAGCAUCACAGGUACUGGGCCCGAUCAUCUCCUUCCUAGCAUCAAAUGGUUCCCCAUUGUUAGUCAACGUGUACCCCUUCUUCGCUUAUUCCGGGGACCCCAAUGGAGUUGGCUUAGACUACUCUUUAUUUACGGCCAACGACACAGUGGUUCAGGAUGGCAGCCUGGGGUACUCAAAUUUGUUUGAUGCCAUGGUCGACUCAGUCUACUCGGCUAUAGAACGGCUCGAUGGGACUGGGGUCGGAGUCGUCGUGUCGGAGACCGGAUGGCCGUCGGCGGGCGGUGAAACCGGGGCCACAGUCGAUAACGCGAGGAUUUAUAACAACAAUUUGGUGAAGCAUGUGAAGAAGAAUGGGGGGACGCCAAAGUGGCCAGGGAAGCAGCUGGAGGUUUAUAUGUUUGCUAUGUUUAAUGAGAAUCAGAAGCUUGCUGGAAUUGAAAGAAACUUUGGGUUGUUUUAUCCUGAUAUGACUGAGGUUUAUCAUGUGAAUUUUUAGUCAUUUAGUUUAUGCAAAACAAAAUGAAAAAAUUGGUGCGGUUGCCGAUUGGUGGCUGUAAUUUAUUUAAUUUUCGUGUCUGCAUUUGCAAUAUUUGAGAAGUUAAUAAACUAUAUUAU